CCAAAACAAGACGAGGAUGUCGGGCUCGUGUAUGAGCCGUGCUGCAGCUCUCGUUGGCAUCCACGUCCGCAUGCCUUUUCAACACUACGACCAAGAUGCUAAUCUCACAAGAGCCGAAGAGGAAUCCGACCACCUCCUAUCCCACGAGAUCCUCGACUUGAGUAUUAACAAGUACAUGCCAGAGUCCGAAUCCAGCAACAGAGUCAUGGUUGUGGUUGAUUCUAGCCACGAAACGCAAGGUGCUCUCGAGUGGCUGCUUUCACACACGGCUCAAAACCGUGGUAUGAUCAUUCUCUUACAUGUUGCCAAUGCCACCAAAGAUAGGGAAAUGGAUCAAAGGGUGUAUCAUCUACUUCAAGCCACAAAAAAUAUGUGCCAACUAAGAAGACCCGAGGUGCACGUUGAUAUCAUUAUUCGACAAGGAAAGGAGAAGGGAGCGGUAAUUGUUGAAGCAGCGGAACAAUUGAGGGUCUCGUUGCUCAUUUUGGGACGACGAAACGAGCCAUUUUGGCACCUGUGGAUUUGGAUGAGAAAGGCAACUCAGAGCAAUGUUGUAGAUUAUUGCUUCCAAAAUGCUAAUUGCAUGACAGUUGCUGUGAGGAAAAGCAAGAAAUGUGGUGGAUAUCUAAUUACCACAAAGCAUCACAAGAACUUUUGGCUUCUUGCUUAAGUUCUUAACAAAUUUCUUCAUCUCAUCAAACCUCUGAGACCUAUUGGAUAAUAAAUUAUCCAAAUUCAGAGAAGUUGAAACUUGUAUAAUGAUCACAAAAUGAAGUAUGAAAUUGUCAAAAGUCUCAACAAGGCUAAGGAGACAAUCAAUAACCAUCAUCAUACAUUGCCUCGAACAUUUUUGUACAUAGAACUAUUUUUGAGCCAAUCCUAUCGA